AGUAUGGAUUGUUGGUUAAAAAAAAGCCAAACUGUUUGUAGAAUUUUGGUCCAAUUAAUCAAGUUAAAUGAUUGGGGUUUGACGAUUUUGUGUUAAAUAAUGUACGUAUCAUAAUCGUGCCUCCACGUAUUCUAAUCAUGCAUUAAGGCUCUACGUGCACUCAUGUUGUUUGAUGAAAUGCUUCUUAGAAGCCACAACUGCACCAUUUCUUGACUAGAAAAGCUCAGGAAAAACUCCAAAUCUGAAUUCGAUUGAGUGCCUUUCCUCCCUCUAGAAAAAUGGCGACAAUGUUGUCUAAGAGGAAAUCGAAAAUACCGAAAAGGGUCGAGUCUAGAAGAGGUUGUUUCCGUUCGUGUGUGGCGAUGUUCGUGUAUCCGCUUCCGGCCGCUCUCUUUUUCAUGAUUUUGAUGUUGGUAUGGUCUUCCUCCACCACGUAUAUUUCCGGUAGGAUUGUUCAUGUUUGUGUCUCCUCUCGUAAGCUGAGCAACCUCUACUGUCUCUCCGCCACCACCCAACCCAAUGCUGAAUUCCAUCUCCCGUUCACGAAUUCUAGUUCUCAAGAGUUUCUUGAAAAUGGAAUUCCUGUUCUUGAAGAGAAACUAGAGAAGGAAAAGGGUUUCACUAUUCCUGACAAUUCUGUUAACCGGAACCUCAAGGGUGAUUCCGAAGAAGUUUCUGACGUCGUUGAAAACCCAACUGUUUUUCUUGAGAAAAGAGUCGGGAAUGAGGGGGUUAUCAACCCCGUUUCCAAAGAAGUCCCAGAUGUUGAAAACUCAACUGCUUUUCUUGAAAAAGGAGUUGGGAAUGAUGGGGUCAACCCCAUUUCCAAAGAAGUGUCUGAUGUUGAAAACGCAACUACUUUUGUCGAGAAAAGAGUCGGGAUUGAUGGGGUUCAGGUCAUGGAUGACCUCAGUGGCGAUUCCAAGGAACUUUCUGAUGUCGUUCUUAAAAACCCUAAUUCUCUAGAUGAUGGGAUUGAGGAGAUCAAAAAAGCAAAGAAAGUUGUGGAAGAGCAGCUACAAGUCCAUAGGUCAUGGACUGCAAAACGGAAUCAAAACCGAAACCAGUGUGAGGGACGGGGAAUCUAUGUCUACGAGUUGCCACCGAAGUUCAACAAGGAUUUGAUGGCCCAGUGUCAUGACAUGGUUCCAUGGGUCGAUAUGUGCAAGUAUUUUAGUAACAAUGCAUUGGGCGAGCCUAUACCUGAGCUCGGGAACCGUUGGUUUCGGACUCAUCAGUACUCUUUGGAAUUGAUUUUCCAUUCCCGAGUUCUUAAGCACCUGUGUCGUGUUUAUGACGAAAACCAAGCCAAACUCUUCUAUGUUCCAUACUAUGGUGGAUUAGACAUCUUGAGAUGGCAUUUCAAGAAUGUUUCUAAUGAAGUUAAAGAUUCUUUGGGUUUAGAACUUGUAAAUUGGCUAGAAAUGCAAAAACCAUGGGAUAAGAAUCUAGGCAAAGAUCAUGUCUUUGUUUUAGGAAAAAUUUCUUGGGAUUUCAGGAGGAGGAAUGUCUCUUCAUGGGGGACUAGAUUUCUAGAGCUCGAUGAGAUGCAAAACCCGAUAAAGCUCAUGAUUGAACGACAACCAUGGGAGCUCAACGACAUCGGAAUCCCUCACCCGACUCACUUCCACCCAAACUCCGACGAAGACAUCCGUUCAUGGCAACGUAAGAUCAUCUCAUCAAACCGGCGAAGCCUCGUCAGCUUCGCCGGUGCUGCCCGUCCCGGUGCCCAAGACAACAUCAGGUCUAUCCUAAUAGACCAAUGCACGUCAACAACCGAAGAACACUGCAGGUUCUUCGAUUGUAAGUCAGGGCUCUGUGACGAGCCCCAAUCACUACUAGGGCUAUUCACAGAGUCUGAAUUCUGUCUUCAACCUCCGGGUGAUAGCCCGACUAGGAAAUCGGUGUUUGACUCGUUGGUGGCGGGGUGUAUUCCGGUGGUUUUCGACCCGUUUACAGCAUACUAUCAAUACCCAUGGCAUUUGCCUGAGGAUCAUGGGAAGUAUUCAGUAUUUGUUGAUCAAGAAGAGGUGAGGGAGAAGAAGGUAAAUGUGGUGGAAAGGUUGAUGAAGGUGGGAUUGAAAGAAAGGGAUGACAUGAGAAGAUAUAUAGUGUAUGAGUUGAUGCCAAGGUUGGUUUAUGGGGAUCCAGAUGCAAAAUUUGAAAUGUUUCAAGAUGCAUUCUCCAUUACGAUUGACAAUUUGGUUGAGAGGGUUAAAACAUUGAAUUUGGAUCAAGGUGAAUGAAAAUACCCAAAUUGCCAUUGGGGGAUUUUUGUUGUAAUUUAUUGGGUCAAAAACAC